GAACGCACCGCUUUGAAUCCCAUUUUAUCUUUCCUUUACUUUUCGCUGUUUUUCUUUCUAGGCACUCGCAUUUUUCUUUUGCGUUCCUUCUUUUCGCUUUCUUUCUCUCCCGUUUCGCUUGCCAAACCACCCCCUACCAGAAGAAACGGUCAACAAUGCUGCCGCCCAAGGACGUCUACUCUGCGGUGAUCCACAACCACACCGGCAAGGAGGUGACGGUGCACCUGACGUACACCAACAGCAUGGUCAACAAGUUGAUUCGGCACACCCUGGUGAUCCCCCCGGGUGGGCAGGCUGCCGCGGAGCAGCGCACCUUCAAAGAAGGCGCGACGGAGUUCACAACUGUCAUCACGUCGGUGCAGGUGGAGGGAGUGACGACGAAGCUGAUGGCUCCCUUUCCGCACGUCGACAGCCCUACCAAGGACUACCCGAUCAACAUUGUCGAGAAGAACGGCGCGAUCGAGGUGCAGGGCAAGAGUGUGUAG